AGGUUUACUUGCAAAAUACUGCAGGAAACAGCACCGAGUCUUUGAUCUUGAUCUUGAUCAAAGAUCUUGAUCUUGCGGGGGGUUACUAGGGUUCCAUCACUACGUGACUGCUGGUCAGCAAACCUGGGAAACCCACAGAUCAUUGGAACUAUGCCGCGUAACCGCUUCCAAGACAUCAUGCAACACCUACGCUUUGAUGACAGGUCCACCCGCAGUGAUCGAGCAAAGACUGAUAAGUUCGCUGCAGUUUCCAGUGUGUGGGGAUCAUUUGUCACCAACUGCAUCAUGUGCUACAACCCUGGUCUACAUAUCACCGUUGAUGAACAGCUCUUCCCAUCAAAGACUCGGUGCUGUUUCCUGCAGUAUAUUGCAAGUAAACCUGACAGGUUUGGGAUCAAGUUUUGGGUGGCCUGCGACCUAAAAUCCAAGUACAUUUGCAAUGUCCUCACAUAUCUUGGCAAGGACCCCAAUCGUCCCAGUGGGGAGAGACUGUCUGAAAAUGUAGUGAUGAGGCUGAUGGAACUAUUCCUAGACAAGGGCAGAAAUGUUACCACGGACAAUUUCUUCACAUCGCUUUCACUUGCGCAAAAACUUCUUAGACGGAAAACCACCAUCCUCGGCACAGUCAACAAGAUUCGCCGGGAAAUUCCUCAAUCCGCUAGAUACACAAAUCGCAAUGAAUUCACCACUCAGGUGUUUUCAACCACUGCUGCCACGCUGACGGCGUAUGCGGCCAAACGGAAGAAGACAGUCUAUAUUCUUAGCAGCAUGCACAGCGGGGUUCUGACUGAUAACACCACCAAAAGGAAGCCAAACACUGUCACCCUUUACAACACCACAAAGUGUGGCGUGGAUGUGAUGGACCAGAUGGUGCGGGAGUACACGGUCCGCAGAGGAACACGGCGCUGGCCAGUUGCCGUGUUCUAUAACAUGAUUGACAUGGCAGCACUGAAUGCACAUGUGCUGUAUCAAGCAUGCAACGGGACGCAGGAAAGACGGGUGGACUUCCUGGUGGAGUUUGCAAGAGAGUUGGCUAACUCUCAUAUGGCUGGGAAGAAGGCAAGAAAAGAACAGUUGCUUCGGACACAACCUUCCACACCUAGCCCUGGAAAAAGAGCCACGUGUCAGGUCAAACACAAAUGCAAGAACAAUCAUGCCACUGUGCGAUGUGUUCACUGCUACAGAUACACAUGUGGUAAAUGCAGACUACAGAUACCAUAGCAGUGCCAGGAUUGUGAGUGAUUGCUGAAAAUGUUGAAAUGUACUCACUCACUUUUUAUUGUUAUUUGUAAAUAUGUGUACAAAUGGUUGUUUUUUAUUUUUGUUUUUUUGUACUGUUUUAUCAAUAAAUCUCAGCAACAAAGGAAAUACACCCAUGUGUGUUGAUUUCUCCCUAAGGCAAACAGAAACACAAGUUUCCUUGUGGCUCAGGAAACUAACCACUCCAAGUGGUUCAGCAUGGCCCCACCUUAUUUACAUAACAAAAGCAGCUGUUCACAGGUGAUUAAGGAUAUUAGCUAAAAGCCUACCAGCCAUUUGGCUCGACGGUGGGUUUUAUAGGUAGAAAAGCCAAAUGGCUCUUCUCUGGGACUUCUAGUG